GUCAAAAAUCUGACAAAUCGCUAGUUGGUGAUGUGUUUCAUGCGUUUAAUAAUUUCUAAAUAAAACUAACAAAACACUUAUUUUAUUAUGUCAAUGUGUUCCUAAUAGAUUAUAUUUGAUCUUUAUAAUGAAUUUCAACGCUUCCAGAAACGUUGGGCAUUCCGGAGGCAUCCGGAAGGCCAAAAGAGUGAGCGAUGUGUCUGCGAUGGGUGCUCCGUCACCUACGCCGGCUUUCAGCCCUGGGCCACCUUACAACGCGCCUUAUUCACACGGGACCCCUCCGCCACCGUAUCAAGAAGGAAUCCAAUUGGAUACCACGCAGAACUUCGCAUCACCUGGGCCAGCACCAAAUUACGGUUACAUGGGAGGCUUUCCUCAGACUCCAAUGGCAUCUCCAGCGCAACUAGGGUCUAUGCUUCAACAGCCUAUUGUACAGGACAUGGCAUUCCAGUACGGCAACCAGCUGGCGGCGCAGGGCAAGGAGGUGGUCCAGCGCGAGCUGAGUCGCUUCGUGCCCGUCUCUCGCAUGAGAUACUACUUUGCGGUAGACACGCGAUAUGUUCUUAAGAAGCUGAUGCUGAUACUGUUCCCAUUUACACAUAAGGAGUGGAUGCUGAAGUACGACCAGGACUCCCCAGUGCAGCCGCGCUACGACAUCAACGCCCCGGAUCUGUACAUACCCUCCAUGGGCUAUGUCACCUACGUGCUACUUGCUGGUUUUAUGUUGGGCUUGCAGCACCGGUUCUCCCCGGAGCAGAUCGGUAUGCAAGCUUCCAGUGCCCUUGCAUACAUCAUCUUCGAGAUGAUCCUCUACCUGGUCACUCUCUACAUCACCAACACCAACACCAACCUGAAGACCUUGGAUUUGUUAGCGUUCUCUGGGUACAAGUACAUCAUAAUGAUUGGCAGCCUGCUUGCCGGGCUGAUGCUGGGCAGGACGGGGUAUUACUGCAGUCUGGUUUAUACGAGCUUCACAUUGUCUUAUUUCCUGGUCAAAACCCUCCGAGUGCAGGUGCUGUCGGGGUCGGGGUCCAGCCCGGCCGCGCCCUACUCCGACCCCUGGCCGCGGCCCAGCGCCAGCGGCACCAAGCGCAGGGUCUACUUCCUGCUGUUCGUGGCCAUCACGCAGCCGCUGCUGUCCUGGUGGCUCACCUACCAUCUCGUGCCUUCCAGUGCGGUCCUGCCAGUGAUCACUCCCGCUCGAUAGCGGUGGCAUUUAGUGAAAUUUUAUAAGUAGUGGUUAAUGGCAGUGUCGGGUGUGAAGUGAUAAAUUUAAUUACAAAACUAAUGUUAUGAUGUGUAAUCGCUGUUCCAAGUUCAAAACUUGCUGUUCCAAAUAUAUAUCCUUUGUCAAAAUUAAUUAAUGUUAAUGCUUUACUUUAAUUAAUUUAGCAUUGUAUAGUUUUAAUAUUCAAUCAAGCAAGUAAUUGGGUGAAAUAAAUGGUUACCUGCCUAAAAGGAGUGCUGUAUUGCUGCCAGGGCUCAUUCCAAUAUAUGAAAGGGACUUUUCUCCAUUACUAUUGUUCAACACUUUUAUUAUAGAGUACUUAUAUAAAGAUCAGUUGCAAAAUAAUAUUGGUUUAUCAUCACAUAAUUUAUAGUUUAUCUGAUUAACAUAGACAUAAUAUAUGAAAUGUCAAUGGAAUCAACCAUUUAAUCUAACAUGGUGUUUUUGUGGCCAAAUAGCUCAUACCAUUUUCUUGCUAAUGUUUGUCUAUAAGAAGACUGUGCGAAAAGGAGAUUCAGAAUGCUUUUCAGUUUUUGGGCUAAAGAGUUUUGCAGAAGCCAAUGGUGUGGACUGUAGACCGUGUGGACCAUGUGGCUUCUUCAAUACUUUUUUGUUCUAAUAAAAUUGAAUAAUACAAAUCCUAUGUUAUGCUGUAUUAAAAACUACCAAAAUUACUUUUACAUAAAUAAAAUGUCAUGAAAAUGUAAUGAAGAUUCUCAUUCUGGUUUCAAGUGUGUAAUCCUUGUCAGAUUUUGUACUUUAUUAUUUUAACUUAAUAUACGAAAGAUAAUAUGCCA